GACUGCAUCGAGUUUGUUCGACAUCGCUUGCCGGACGGCGAGCUAGGUCCAGCUCCACAGUUUUGCGACAUUUUCAGGCUAUUGAUGAGCCUCAAGUGUGGUGUUACAUUACGUGACUGGUGUGAUAGAAUGGCACCUCGACGAUAUAACGUCGAUGAGCGCCGGCUUGUUCAAUUUGGCAUGCAUCACCAGUUUCUGAGAAAGUUGUCAACCUAUCCUAUAUCGACGGUUUCGCCAAACGAGGUGGAACGAUCUGGGAAGUGA